GCUUUCUCGCCUUUUAGACUGCUCUGACUAGACUCGGAUACCCUGACCUGGAAAUGAACUCUACCAUACAAGGCAGCGAGGCGAGCUAUGGGGCGCAAACGAGCUACGGUUCUGCAGAAGUGGCCGGUGUGGCGGUCCUUGUUGUUGCUGGUGCUAUCUCCUUGGUAGCGGUAGUCCCACUAAUUGUGUCUUUGCGAUGGUAUGGCCCCAAGCUGGGGAAGACGCGCAUCAUGCCAUUCUUCGUAUCUCUCUUGGUUGCGAACGUCCUACAAGCCAUCGGUACUAUCAUCAAUAGCAAGUGGGUGAAUGAUCGCAAUGUUGUAGCAGGGCACCUUUGCACUGCCCAGGGUGGGAUCAAGCAGGCCGGCAAUGUUGGGAUGGCCCUUUGGUCCUUUGCUUUGGCACUACACGUUUUCAUGUUGCUAUUCAAGCGACGGGUGGCCUUGACCGCAGUGCUAUCGUGGGUACUACUUGGCGUCGGCUGGUUCCUGGUAGCAUUCGUUGUGGCCAUCGGCCCCCUUGCAAUCCAGACUCGUGCGCGCGGGUCGUACUUCGGCCCAUCAGGAUUCUGGUGUUGGAUCACUGACGACUACCCACUGGAACAGCUCUACCUAGAGUACUUUUUCGAAUUUGUCUCGGCGGCGUUGUCGUUCGUGCUGUACACGGCCGUCCUUCUCCGCGUGAGGGGAAACCUCGUCCGCACCAGCGGAAAGUGGACAUUGCGCUUUGUCCCGCAUGGCGAACGAUGGCGGUUGGCCAUCCGCCGCGAUAUCGUCGACAGCACGAUGAUGCAGGUCGCAACCCGCAUGGUGUGGUACCCCGUCGCAUACACCAUCCUGCUGCUCCCCGUCACGAUCGCGCGCUUCUACUCGUUCAGCGGGCACGACGUCUCCUUCCGCGUCAUGAUCUUCUCCGACUUCGUCUUCAACCUGCAGGGCGUCGUCAACGUCGUCCUCCUGCUCGCCACCCGCCGCUUCGUCCCGGACACCGCAUCGCUCCCGAUCUUCGAGCGCAGGAAGCGCGUCAGCAUGUCGUCCCCAGAGGCGGUCGGGAUCUCCCCCUUCUAUCUGCCCCCACAUCCCCGGGGCUCGGUCGCGAUCACCGAGUCUGCCGAUCCCGCUGAGAAGCCGCCUGUCUAUGCGGGCGACUUGGGGCGAAGUCUGAGCACGGUUGCAGAUGCGGGUACUGACGCGGAUGCAGCCGCGAGGGAAGCGCCACCGGAUUUGCGCAUGCCAGAGCGGGCACGCAUGAAUUCAUUUGCGUCGACGAUCUCGACGUCCUCGGUCGAUUCGCAGACGCCGCUCUUUUAUACCCGUUAGGGGCCUCCCUGCUUCUUUGCCGCGGCACCCCCCGACCACAUCCCCUCGUUUUCUCUAUGUAAUGUGUGUACAAUGUGUCCGUGUAGGAUUGUUUUCAUGUUCCAGGGGUCUGGAUAUGGUCGUAGAUUGGGGCCUUUAUGAUACUUAUUCUUAUCUACCGUUCACGAACUUGAACCUUCUGCACCUCCCAAGGAUCGAUCGCCGCGCCUUCUCCGCCACACGCUUCCUUUUUCCCUCACCCUCUUCUGCGCGUCGUGCGGAUGUGCCUGUUUCCCGGCCUCCCGCUUCUCUGCGCUCGACGCCGCGUCUGCAUCGUGUAUCCGAUUCAAACCUUCAAACAGGCUGACGUAUCGACCCGCUCGUGCUUCCUCGCUUCU